GGUAUUUUAGGAAUCGAGAGAACGAUUCGAUUUUCACCUGAAUCCGAUAUAAGGUAUCGGCUCCAGACCCCAGACGCCUCCACAGAUUCUGAAGCAUCACGCGACCGUCGGAGAAAUGAAUUCUGAAGCUCCCUCCGCCGAGCCGCCGCCGCCGCUGUCCUCCGCCGCGGCGACGAUCGCGACCAUACACGAGGAUAUCCUGAGAGCCCACAUCUUGACGAGGCUCGACGGUCCCGCCCUCGCCUCCGCCGCCUGCGCCUCCUCCCAGCUCCACUCCCUCUCCUCGCAGCGCGACCUCUGGGCCAACAUCUGCCUCGCCACCUGGCCCUCCACCAGCUCGCCGCUCGUCUCCCAGGCCAUCUCGACCUUCCCCGACGGCCCCCGCUCCUUCUUCUCCGACUCCUACUCCCUCCUCACCGCCGUCGCGUCCCCGCCCACGGCUACGGGCCCUCGCCCGUCGCAACUGAUCUCCGCCGUCGACAUCCGCUACCGUGGCGACCUCAUCUUCAGCAGAGCCGUGGAGACGGACGCCGACUCCGGGUGGUUCCAGUGCUCGCCGUUCCGGAUCGACGUCCUGGACCCGAAGGACGCAGUCCGGACGGCGAUACGCUUCCCGGGCGCCGAGCAGGCGCGACGCGAGCUCGGGGACGGGCUCCGCCUGAGCUGGGUCCUGAUCGACCCGGCGGGCCGGCGGGCGAUGGACCUGUCGAGCCACGCGCCGGUGUCGGUGCAGCGGCACUGGCUGACGGGGGAGCUGCACGCGAGGUUCGCGACGGUGGUGGAGGCCGGGGAGAGGGGGACGGCGACGGAGGCGGUGCAGUGCGGGGUGGUGGUGACGUGCGGGGGUUGGUCGUCGGGGGAGGGAGGGGGCAUGCAGGUGAGGGAGGUGAGCUUGCAGGUGGAGGACGGGGACGGGAUGUACCUGAGCGGGAGGGACAGCUUGGGGGUUCUGCAGAGGGCGUUCGGCGGGAGGAGAGGGAGGAGGGAGAGGGAGGAGAGAGAGAGGAAGAGGAGGCACGAAGCGUUCGAGAGGCGGAAGAGAGAGAGGAAGGAGAGGAAGCUGAGGACGGAGGGGACGCUGGACUUCCUCUUCGUGGGCUUCGGGGUCUUGGCGGUCGCUCUGUUCUGGCUGCUCGUUCUGUGCAGAUGAUCAAACCUGAGAAUCAACUUCUUUCCAUUUCCUUUUUUUAUGAAAUUGUUUCCCGUGUAUAUUUUGAUGGAAGUCGAUAUACAGAAAAUUAGAGGGAAAACAAAAGAAAAAAAGAAGAUGAUGAUUGAUUCCUGGCUAAAUUCUCAUCCAUCCACGUUAAAAGUUUUUGUUUUGGAUAUCGAUGAACGAAAAGAAGACAUGAAGGU